AUGAGAUAUACCAUCACCGCCCUCUUCGCCGUCUUCUCGGUGUCCACUGCCUUCAACCCUGCCAGCCUCCAAACUGCAGUCAAGCCUUCGGCGACUACUCUUCAAGCCGCACCACGCACUUUGUAUGACAAGAUCUGGGACGACCAUCUUGUCGAUGACGAUGGAGAUUCCACCUUGUUGUACGUCGACCGACACUUGGUUCAUGAGGUGACCUCUCCUCAAGCCUUUGAAGGACUUCGUCUCAGCUCUCGAGGAGUCCGUCGUCCUGAUUGUACUCUUACGACCGUUGACCACAAUGUUCCUACCGAAGAUCGCAGUCAGUUGAUUGACGUCAAAACGUUUAUUGAAGAAACUGCCAGUCGAACACAAGUUAUGCAGUUGGAGCAGAACGUCGCAGACUUUGGACUCAAGUAUUUUGGAAUGGCCGAUGAGCGUCAAGGAAUUGUGCACAUUAUUGGACCCGAACAAGGAUUCACCCUUCCAGGAUGUGUCACUGUUUGUGGAGAUUCCCACACGGCAACCCAUGGAGCUUUCGGAGCUUUGGCCUUUGGCAUUGGUACCAGUGAGGUCGAGCACGUCCUUGCCACUCAGACUUUGCCUCAAGUCAAGACAAAGAAUAUGUUGAUCAAGGUUGAUGGAACCUUGGAAGAAGGUGUCACCUCUAAAGAUAUCAUUCUUCACAUUAUUGGUAUUAUCGGAACUGCCGGAGGAACUGGUUACACCAUUGAGUUUGCUGGAUCCGCAAUUGAAUCUCUCAGUAUGGAAGCCCGCAUGUCCAUUUCCAAUAUGGCUAUUGAAGCUGGUGCCCGUGCUGGUGUCAUUGCGCCGGACGAAGUUACCUACGCAUACCUCAAGGGACGUCCAAUGAGUCCUUCUGCAGACGAAUGGGAAGAUGCUGUCGCCUACUGGGAGUCCCUCAAGAGUGACGAAGGUGCUGUAUUUGACAAGACCAUCCUCAUUGAAGCCAAGGAUAUUGCCCCAACUGUUACUUGGGGAACCAGUCCUCAAGAUGUUGCUCCCGUGACUGGUGCUACCCCUAUUAUUGACGAUUCUGUUGAACCUGCCCGAGCUGCUGGUAUCACCCGUUCCUUGGAAUACAUUGGACUAGAGCAAGGACAAACACUUGAGGGAGUUCCAAUCUCAAAGGCUUUCAUUGGAUCCUGUACCAACGGACGUAUCGAAGAUUUGCGCAAUGUUGCCGCUAUCGCAAUGGGCCGCAAGGUUGCCGACGGUGUUCACGCGAUGGUUGUUCCUGGAUCCGGUUUGGUCAAGAAGCAAGCUGAAGAGGAAGGCUUGGAUAAGAUCUUGCUUGAGGCCGGAUUCGAUUGGAGAGAACCAGGAUGCUCCAUGUGCUUGGCCAUGAAUGCUGACAAGUUGAAGCCACAAGAACGUUGUGCUUCUACUUCAAAUCGUAACUUUGAAGGACGUCAAGGAAACGGUGGGCGUACUCACCUUAUGUCUCCUGCCAUGGCUGCCGCUGCCGCCAUCGCUGGAGGCCUUGCCGAUGUUCGCAAGUACCCAUACUUGGGAGAUGAAGCUUCUGAUCCACGCAUCAUCUCCAAAACCAACAGCCGUGCCUUUUCUACCGAAAGUUAUCCCAGCGCUGGAGCAACCAUUUCUCCCGUUCCACCGUACAUGAAGGGUGCUGAUGCUGCAAGCUCGAAAUCAACCGCCGCUGGACUUCCCAGGUUUGAAUCCUUGACUGGUAUUGCUGCCCCUCUUGACAUUCAAAACAUUGAUACCGAUAUGAUCAUUCCCAAGGAGUUCCUCAAGACCAUCAAGCGUUCUGGACUUGGAUUUGCUGCCUUUGCUGAAUUGAGAUACGAGAAUGCUGACGAAGUUGCCACUAUUGGAGCUGAAGUUGCCAAGGAAAAGCCCGAUUUCAUCCUGAACAAGGAAGGAUACAAGGGAUGCACCAAGAUUUUGAUUGCUGGCGAUAACUUUGGAUGCGGAUCCAGUCGUGAGCACGCCCCAUGGUCCAUCAAUGACAUGGGUAUCCAAUGUAUCAUUGGUACUUCUUUUGCCGACAUCUUUUACAACAACUGUUUUAACAAUGGUAUGUUGCCAGUCACUCUUCCCCGUGACCAAGUGGAACUUCUCUUGGCCGAUUCUGCCACUCCUGGAACCGAGAUCACUGUGGACUUGGUCAACCAGAAGGUCAUUCGCCCCAAUGGAGAGGAAUUUGGCUUUGAAAUUGAUCCCUUCCGAAAGCGCUGCCUUGUCAAUGGGCUUGACAAGAUUGGUUUGACCCUUGAAAAGGAGGACAAGAUCUCUAGUUUCGAAGCUACACGAUCGUCUAGUUAUCCAUGGUUGGAUGGAGCCGCAUUCAAGGUCCCAGACGUCGUUCGAAUGUACCCCGAUGCUGAAUUCUGGACAAAGGAAGGAGCUACUGCCUAG